GUCAAUCUUAAGCCCCUCCUCUGACAGCUGGGUGGAGCCUGGACUCCAGAUUAGGUCUUGUGUUUGCAGUCUGCUCUCCAUACAGUCAUCUGACAGCACAGUGGAGCCAUGAAUAGCACUUCAGCAUUUCGUCUUGCUCUUCCUCUUGGCCUGCUCUUGUUGGUACUCUGUUCCUCAGGACUUGCUCUCCAGUGUUACAAGUGCGGCAUGUCCCCCGGACCGUGUACAACCACAGGAACAUGUUCUGGUAACCAGGACGCUUGUAUAAGGAUUACCUCACAAGGUUCAAAUCAAUAUGCAUGCAACGCUUAUACUAGAUGCAAUGUAAACCAUGUGGCUGCUGAUUACCCUGUGGGAAGCAGUGUUGAGAUCGCCUGCUGCCAGAAGGACCUCUGCAACAACGGCUUCACUGGCGUUCCGGCCUCCGGCCUCAUCCUCUUCUUGGCUGCUGCUCUCCUCGUGUUCUUUUCCUGAUCAUCUGGACUACUUGAUGACUUUCGUUAGCUCAACUAAUUAAUGCUGAUUGGAUUUAACUUUUUCUGUGUAAGAGCCACUGUAAUUAAAGGAUCUGUUCAUGCAAAUAUUUGAGUUGUUGGGGAUUGUUGGCUCAUCAGCAUCUUAGUUUUCUUGCCAUGAAAUCUUUGCUGUUGGGUACCAAACUCCACCCAUGAGGAAUCGUAGCCUUCUGGGUAUUUUUUUAUUUUAUUUUUUUGGGGGGGGGGGGGGAUAUUUUCAUUUUCAAAAAAACAAA